CUCGCCUUUUCCAGGUGGCAGAAUAGGCACUGAACUGACAUGUCGCAGCUAAGCCACUUGGGAUUGGCCGGAUUACUUAGAAAAACAGCACAGGUUGCCAGGUCUGAGGAGGAGCUGGUAUGGAAGAACUCUCUGGCGCUGAGCGGAUUGAGUAUUCGGUGCGCUGAUGGCGCUUGGCUGCUGAGUAGGCGUAUCAACAACAGGCUGGGCUGUAAGAGGUGUCUGGUUCUGUGUUAUCGCUCGGUUCUCCGUGAGGUGUUGUCGGUGAUGGUGGCUGUUUGGUAAUUCGACGGUUCGGGGCUGUAGGUGGUCUACCGUUUGGUCGACAAAGUGAAGGGCGUGAAGUCACUCGUUCAAUACUCCGAC